AUGCAAAACAGAGGUAUUUAUCCAGAGCGCCCACCUACAUUAGCGGAAGCGUUGUAUUCCGGGAAAAAGUUCAACAAACCAGAGAAUGGUGAUGAAAUUUUGGAGAGAUUAGGAUUGCCACCCACAAGUAGUGUCCCACAAAAGAAAGAAGAAGCGCCAAGGAGGAAUUUGAAGAAGGAGCCAAAGAAGGAGCCAAAAAAAGAAAAGAAAACGGAGAUUAAGCAAGUUGUCAAGCAAGUGGAUGCACAUUUGGAUGCUCCAUUACCAGAUACUAGUGAAUCGAAAAUACAUGCCCAGUUCAUCAAACCUGAAGAAUGUGAAGCCGUAUUGAAUUUGCAAAUGGAUUAUAUUUUGAAACGCAAAUCCGAUAUGAUAAAGUUCAUCUUUAGGUCAAGGUUCUUCAUGUCCCUUUUUUUCUUACUGUUAAGUGCAGUAUCUUAUAAUCGGAUCGGAGAAUAUUUCAAUCCUUAUACCAUGAAAGACCCAUUUUCUUUGUUGAAGAAUGGUUAUUUCUUAGACGAUCUCUUUAUACUAUUUUUUCAGGUGUUGUUGUUCAUUGCAAUUUCAUUCACAUGGUUGAGGAUUGUGAGUGCCCCAUUGGAGAAGGAGAGCAAGAAGGUUGCCGAAAACGCUGAACAGUACUUUGGAUGUGACAUCAAACAAUAUGCCAGCGUUAAGAAUGUCAACAAGCCUAGAAAAGAAGACCGUGACUUGGUGAAGCAAGUCAAGGAGAAUACAUACUGCAUCAACUACAGAGAUGUUCCUGUUGCAUUUUUAGCAACCACGCCGGGAAAGGAGGUCAAAAUUGUCGGGUUUGCAGUUAGAAGGGUGUACAUCAAAGCCGAGCUAUUGAAAGAUCUUCUGGGCAUGAUGUUUAAGAGUGGUGUGAGGAAAGCAGAAGUCGAAUUGUUUAACUUUGAGGAGUUCGAUAUAGGCAUAUUCCGUAAAAUAGGAUUCACCAGAACAAAGAGAGAAAAGUUCAGCAAAUGGUGGAUUUUGACUGGUGUCACGAGAGACACUUACAGUUUCGACAUGGACGAUAUUGAAUUCUAG